AGCUGGGUGGGUGGUUAGAGCAGUACCACGUGAUAGGCGUUUAGUGCGGGACCGAAGCCGCCAUGAAGGAGGAGAUCGCUGCCGCCGUUUUCUUCAUCACGUGCCUCGCCAAGAAGCGCGGGAAGUUGGACCGCCGCCGGCGCGAGAGGUUCGCCGUGGAGCUCACGGCGCUUCUCUUCGAGCGCUACAAGAGCCACUGGUACCCCGGGGAGCCCAGCAGGGGUCAGGCCUUUCGGUGUCUGAGGAUGAACAAGGCACAGAGCAGGGACCCGGUGCUGGAGCGCGCAUGCCGGCGCAGCGAGAUCGAGUACGAGGAGCUGGGGCUGCCCAGGGAGAUGACCAUCUGGGUGGACCCCCUGGAGGUGUCAUGCAGGUACGGAGAGAAGAGCAGCCCGUUCUGCGUGGCUCCGCUGGAGGAGCGGCGCGACCACGGCGAGUUCUCGCGCCGGAUCGCGAGCGCCGUGGACAGGGCCUCCUCGGACUACCUAUCGGGUGCCUCCUCGGACGAGGAGUCCGGCAUCGGCGGCGGUAGCAGCAGCAGCAGCAGUAGUAGCAGCAGCGCCAAUAGCAGCCUGAGCAGCGGCAGUUCGGCUCCAGAGCCCAAGAGCAUCCCCACCGUGAGCAACCCGAACAGCGUGUACCAGGUGAGUGAGUUCGCAGCCCCAGCCAUGCAGCCCUGGGCCCAGUACCAGAAGAGGAAGGCCUACCAUGGCGAUGGUUACCAGCAACAUCAGCCUUCUAGCGGGUACUACUCGCAGAGCAAAAGCUUUAAGAACUAUCGUCCCUCCUUUGUCUUUGCUGGGCCUCGUGUUGACCGAUACCACUGGGUCAGCAAGAACCGUUCAUAGUAAAUUUCCCCCAUUCACCUGUCUUGUACUUUUGGGCCCCAUAGAUCAUCUAUGGAAAUGUCACUUCUAAAUGCUUAUUUAUGGAAUUUAAGACUGCUGUUUACGUGCUUUUUUUAAAUCAAGUUUUAUUAAACUUCGUUUUUAUGUUGUCUAAACUUUUAUAAAUGUGAC